UCCUGCCAACACAGCAUUUGGCUCAGGCCCGUCCAUGGCUGCCCUUGGGACCCUACGCUAAGCCCUAGAAGCUCGGGCAUUAGGGGGUCGUGCCACUCCUGAGGGUCUUGUGUGUUGGGAUCCCCACAGACCCAGGCCGGAGCAAGACUGUAAAGCCCGCUGGUCUCAGCAGUGCGUCGUCGCGCUGGAGGGGGAUGAAUGUCCAGUAGCCUGAGGCUCCUGGGGCGUGGCCUUUUGCCCGCUCCUCUACAGGAGUGCAGGGUCUGCUCGCCAUUCUUGGGAGGCCCUGCUAGCGACCCUCUGAAGGGAGGGACAGUGCUGGCCACGCGGACAUGAGGAGACUGCGCCUACGCGGGGACGGGUUGCUCACACUGGUUCUCGGCGCCGCCCUCGCCCUUCUACUCUACGCGCAGCGCGACGGCCCGGCCCCAACCUCGAGCGAGCCCCGAGAGCGAGGGACAGUGGGACGGAGGCCAACGCUGAGGCCCCGCAUAUUCCAGGUACCAGUUGGCACAGCCCAUCUGGCCUAUGAAGAGGACACGCCGGCACCCCCUACACCCACAAGCCCUUUUGACUUCCGCCGCUACUUGCGCGCCAAGGACCAGCGGCGCUUUCCCCUGCUCAUUAACCAACCGCACAAGUGUCGUGGCGACGGCGAACCUGGCGGCCGACCAGACCUGCUCAUUGCUGUCAAGUCUGUGGCUGCCGACUUUGAGCGGCGCCAAGCUGUGCGCCAAACAUGGGGCUCUGAGGGUCGCGUGCAGGGGGCGCUCGUACGCCGUGUGUUCUUGCUGGGUGUGCCCAGAGGCCCAGACAAGGAAGGGGCAGAUGCAGGGGCGGCCACACGGGGGCACUGGCGUGCCCUGCUGCAUGCUGAGAGCCGUGCCUAUGCAGACAUCCUGCUCUGGGCCUUUGAUGAUACCUUUUUCAACCUAACGCUCAAGGAGAUUCACUUUCUGGCCUGGGCUUCAGCCUUUUGCCCUGAUGUGCACUUUGUUUUUAAGGGCGAUGCUGAUGUGUUUGUGCACAUAGGGAACCUGCUGGAGUUCUUGGCCCCACGGGAUCCAGCGCAGGACUUACUUGCGGGUGAUGUGAUCGUGCAGGCACGGCCAAUCCGCAGGCAGGGUAGCAAGUACUACAUCCCUGAGGCUGUAUAUGGCCUGCCUGCCUAUCCGGCCUACGCAGGCGGCGGUGGCUUUGUUCUUUCUGGAGCUACACUGCGUCGCCUGUCCAGCGCCUGCAAGCAGGUUGAGCUCUUUCCCAUCGAUGACGUCUUUCUGGGAAUGUGUCUACAGCGCCUUCGGCUUACACCUGAGCCUCACCCAGCUUUCCGCACCUUUGGCAUCUCCCAGCCUUCAGCUGCACCUCAUCUGUACACCUUCGACCCUUGCUUCUACCGAGAAUUGGUUGUAGUGCACGGGCUCUCUGCUUCUGAUAUUUGGCUUAUGUGGCGCCUGCUACACGGGCCAUAUGGGCCGGUCUGUGCACACCCGCAGCCUGUUGCUGCAGGCCCCUUCCAAUGGGACUCUUAACUACCAAUCUUAUAGGGCUCCCCUCCCCGUAUUUAGGUCAGAGUCUACAGGAUCUCACUAUGUAGAUCGGACUAGCAGUGAUUAACCUGUGUUCAUCUUCCCAAGAACUGGGAUUACAGGUAUUACAGACCGCCACACCCAGUCUCCAUCCCCCUCCCAGUGAACCCCAAGGG